UAACAACAAGAAUGGGUAGCCUCACUUUAAUCUUGAGGAUGAUGUUCUUCAUUGUGCUUGUUGGAUGGCUUGUUAUUUGGAUUAUUAUUCCUACAAGUACUUACAAAAAUUCUUGGACACCGAAUCUCAUUGAGAAAAUCGGCUCCUCUACUUAUUUCGGGUCGCAAGGUACGAAUCUCUUGCUUCUUAGUUUCCCUGUGAUGUUGCUGGCUGCUUUGGGCUGUGUUUAUCUCCAUUUGGAGACUAUUAAGAAGGAGAAGAUUGCUUGUGGCUCGAGUAGUAUGCAUCGACCAGAUUUCUUGAGGAGACCGGUUCAUAUAUCGAGUACUUUUGGUAGUGUGACGAUGACGGAGCUUGUAUUUGUUGCGAUGUUUUUUGCACUAUUGAUAUGGUCUUUGGCCAAUUAUUUGUACAUCAGCUUUGGUCACCUCCACAUGCAUAAAGAAGGGGAGAAAGUAUGGCAGGCUAAGUUUCGCAGUGUGUCCCUUAGGUUGGGAUACAUUGGAAACAUUUGUUGGGCAUUUUUGUUCUUUCCAGUAACACGAGGAUCUUCAAUCUUGCCAAUGGUUGGAUUGACAUCGGAAUCAAGCAUCAAGUACCACAUAUGGCUUGGCCACAUCUCAAACCUCCUAUUCACUUUACAUACAAUUGGUUUCAUUAUCUACUGGGGUUUAACUCAGCAAAUGUCCCUGAUGCUAGAGUGGAGCAAAACAUAUGUUUCCAAUGUAGCUGGAUGGAUAGCAAUGUUGUUUGGAUGGGCAAUAUGGGUGACAAGCUUUCCAUCCAUUAGAAGAAAGGCAUUUGAGCUCUUCUUUUAUACUCAUCAUCUCUAUGCUCUUUAUAUAGUCUUCUAUUUGAUACAUGUUGGUGGACCAUAUGUGUUCAUGAUCUUGCCCGGGAUCUUCCUCUUUAUCAUCGAUCGAUAUCUCAGAUUCUUGCAGUCUCAAAAAAGGGCAAGAUUAGUCUCUGCCCGCCUCUUACCUUGUGAAGUGGUUGAGCUCAACUUCUCCAAAUGUCAUGAUCUUCGAUAUAAUCCCACAAGCAUAAUGUUUGUCCACGUGCCGAGCAUUUCGAAGCUGCAAUGGCACCCUUUCACUGUCAUUUCUAGCGGAAACUUGGAGCUAGAUAUAAUAAGUGUCGCCAUUAAAAGCCAAGGAUCAUGGAGUCAGAAGCUAUACAAAGAGCUUUCUUCUUCCAAGAGUCAUCUAGAGGUCCAUGUAGAAGGACCAUAUGGACCGGUUUCACCCGACUUGUUAAGGAGGGAUUGCUUAGUAAUGGUAAGUGGAGGAAGCGGUAUCACCCCAUUCAUCUCCGUAAUUCGCGAAGUCAUACACCUAAGAACACAGACUGGAUCGCACAUUCCGAAGAUGCACUUGAUAUGUGUUUUCAAGAACUCAAUUGAUCUCACCAUGCUUGAUCUUCUGUUGCCAGCAUCAAGCAUGAUCUCCCCAGAAAUCCUUUCCAAGUUAGAAUUGAAAAUAGAGGCCUAUGUCACCAAGGACAUUGAAGAGCAGCCAAAAUCUAACCGAGAUCUUAUCCAUUCAAUAUGGUUUAAGCCAAAUCCCAAUGACUCUCUAGUUACUGCAGCCCUCGGAUCUAGCAGUUGGUUAUGGCUCGGGGCAAUAAUCACGACGUCCUUCCUCAUGUUCUUACUUCUUCUGGGGAUCGUGACUCGUCACCUUAUUUACCCGAUUGAACACAACAAACAAAUUUACAACUUCAGUGGGAAAGUCCUUUGGGACAUGUUCUUGGCUUGUGUUGGUGUGUUUAUUGGCACUAGUGCAAUAUUUUUAUGGCAAAAGAAGAAGAUAUCGGGUACAGAAGGCAAGCAGGUUCAAAAUGUCGAGUUGCAGACUCCAACCGCUUCGCCCGGAUUGCAGUUUCAUGGUGGCGAGACGACAGAGUUGGAAAGCCUCCCACGCGACUCUCUUGUUCAAGACAUAGCCGUGCAUCAUGGUGCAAGGCCUAACCUCAAGAAGAUAUUAUUCGAUUGCGAAGGAUCUGAUGUCGGGGUGAUGGUGUGUGGACCGAAGGAAAUGAGGCACGAGGUAGCGAGAAUAUGUUCUUCGGGUUUGGCAGAAAACCUUCAUUUUGAGGCCAUCAGCUUCAAUUGGUAAAAUAUGCAUG